CCUUUCGCACGGUCAGACCGCCUCCGCGCGUGUGGUCUCUCCCAGACCUUCUUCCCAGAGUCCUCUGCGCUGCCGUGCUUAGUGCCCUUCCGCACGUUCAGGCCUCCUCUGUCCGCGCGGUCUCGCCAGACCUUCUUCCCAGGAUUCUCCAGGCGGCCGUGCCCCAGCGAAUUUCUGGGCGUUCAGUCCGGACAGAGCCCGGUCCGCUCUGCGCGGCUGAGGCGCAGUCGGCCUGAACCAGCAUGUCCGGGACUGCGGAAGCAGUCCUUGGAGGCCGUGGCAGCCAGCCUGCUGGGGGCAGCCCUGUGCUAUGCUUUGGUCAGUACCAGUACACAGUGGAAGAACACCAGGCCAUCCAGAACGCCCUGAGGCAGAGGCUGGGCCCAGAGUACAUCAGUAGCCGCAUGGCUGGAGGAGGCCAGAAGGUGUGUUACAUCGAGGGUCACAGGGUCGUUAAUCUGGCCAAUGAGAUGUUUGGCUACAAUGGCUGGGCGCACUCCAUCACUCAGCAGAACGUGGAUUUUGUUGACCUUAACAAUGGCAAGUUCUACGUGGGCGUCUGUGCGUUUGUGCGAGUCCAGCUGAAGGAUGGCUCGUAUCAUGAAGAUGUGGGCUAUGGUGUCAGCGAAGGCCUUAAGUCAAAAGCCUUGUCCUUGGAAAAAGCCAGGAAGGAGGCAGUAACAGAUGGGCUGAAGCGGGCGCUGAGAAGUUUUGGGAACGCACUCGGAAACUGUAUUCUGGACAAAGACUAUCUGAGGUCACUGAACAAGCUUCCACACCAGCCGCCUCUUGAAGUGGAUUUAACUAACGCAAAGAGACAAGAUUUUGAACCAUCUGUUGAACAAGCCAGAUACAGCAGCUGCCAGCAGAAUGCGACCCUGGAGCCCCCUAAAACCCAGGAGGCGACCUCUCCAUGCAGACGGAGCCACUUGGCUGGACCCCACACCGUGACGCAGGGGGCCAUGGAGAGCAGCUCCCGAAGCCUGGCCCCCGGCACCGCGGAGAGUGAAGCCACGCUCCAGCGGAAGCUCCGGCAGCAGCAGCUGCAGCAGCAGUUCCGGAAACAGAUGGAGAGACAGCAGCAGGCUGCCACCUCUGCUCUUUCCACUGGAAGGACGGACCAGGCACAGCCGCCACCGGUGCCUCCUACCAAGCCCAGCCUCCCCAGGACCCGCUCACCUUCAGAGCCACUCACCCAGACAGACCUGCUCCCAGACAGUCUUGAAAUGUGGGACAUGGCUAUGGAUGCAGAGGACAGCGUGCUCAAGACCUUUUUGAAACCAGAACCACCGCAGACCCCUGCCAUCUCGGUCCUGAAGAACCACAUGGAGACCCAGAACAGGAUCCCACCAAGCCUUUGCCACCAGAAUCCACAGGCACAAUCUGGACCCUGGCACCUCCAAACUUCCAGCCUUAACCAAGACACCACAGGGAAUUGUGACUCCUCUAGGAAGAACCAGGACAUGAAGAAAAGGAAACUGGACCCACCUUAACCACGGCUCAGGGCACCUCCUGAACUCUGUCCUGAUGGGACUUCAUUUUGGUCAUGAAAUGACUGGUCCUGCCUGAGGAGUGCACUCUGCCUCAGGGCUCUACCUGCUUCAUCCUGAACUCCGCUGGGGGACUCAGCACCUGCUCACAUCAAGUCGGGUAUUUGGGAAGCUCUGUAGAGACUCGGUGCCUUUUCUUGGGCUCCUCACUCUUUAUUCCUAAGCUAUUGUGUUAAUGAAGACAGAAAUCACCUCGGCCUGUGGUGCGUCCCUGAGUGACCGCUGACCUCUUGCUGUGGGGGCCCCCCGUUAUCUAACGCUGCCAUGCAAGAUUGCAGUCUUCAUCACUAUUGUUCAUCGGCUCAUGAAACUACUUCCCUUUUCUCCUAAGACCAAAGAAAAGGUAUUUUUAAGAAAGCAAAAUUAAAUCCUACCCUGUAACAAUGUAACAGGCAUGCCUCUUCUUACUGCACUUCACAUUUUUUUUAAAAAAACAAACGGAAGGUUUUUGGCCACCCCGUGUCGAGCAUUUUAAAGACUUAUUUUUCUAAGAUACGGUGCUAGUGCACACUUCCACCAGUGUCCUGUGAACAGUGUUCAUAUGUGUCCGGAAACCAAAACUGAUGGAAGCAGCCGUUUACAGUUACAGUCCAGAGGCAGCUGGAGCCCAGGCCUGCCUGUGAUGUGGUGCCCAGGACAAGGAGCCCCGGCAGGAGGCCUCAGCCACCCCAGCACCCCCGACCCCUCACCUGAGCUGCGGAAAUUUUUCUUCUGCUUUUGGCUGUUGUCACCACUAUCCUCCUUGUCUGCAGCAUCUUAGUUAAGGUCAGAAUCACUGUUUGAAAAAGUUUCUGGAGAUACACUGCACACAAGUUGUAUCAGAGCUAAUGCGAUCACGAAAAGGCACCUACUGAAAAUGAAUCCCCACAGCUCAACAAAACCAACUUUGGUUUAUCUGAGUGGCUUCAUCACAUGUCCACAAGCAGGAAGUGCAACCCACAGUGCCAAACACAGGAGUGACGGCUGCCAAGAAUCCCCAAGGUUUGAAUUCAGUUUAUUUUUUUUAAACAGUGUACAUUGUUAAAUAAUGUAAGGAAAACAUUUAUAAUUCAGAAAGAUUUUUUUAAUGUGGAAAAAGAUACUCAAAGUAUACUAUUAACACGAAAAUAAUUUAAACAGUUCAGUAGCACUGGUUCAUUCCUCUAGGCUUCAGUUAUUUCAUCCACAGGAGGGGAAAAAAAUCAACAGUAAAUAAAACCAGUUCUUACUUUCCAUGUGAGUGAAGAGACCUCAAAAUCAUUAAACCAAAGUGACAA